AUGGAGGACAUCACCUACUUUCUUGUGGGAAAGCUCGAGGGAGGCAGGGAACGUGCAAAGUCCAUAUUGCCCACGUACCCGUGCCUGCAGCCCGCGGACACCACCGCGUACAGAAUCGCGCUCGCCAAGUACCUCGAAGGGCUCCGGAGCGCCGUCGCGCACGCCUCGCGCGCACACAUGAACGACCCCACGGGCAAGCAGCCAGCUACUCCCGCGGGGGACGAGGUCUCCGCGUGGUGGUGGAAGGACGUCGUGGUCCGCAAGUCGAUCCUCGACGAGUGCUCUGGCGACCGCUUCGAGCGCCUGAUCCUGGCGUUGUCCAGUCAUGCGAUCCUCAAGAACGCCGUGCGGAUGCGGACAGGGUCGCCGUCCUCCUCGUUGCAAGUGCGGGGGUCUUCCGUCUGCCUGGAUCGCGAGGUGCGUGCGAAAUGA